CGCGCAUGAAUUUUUUUUUAUUCUUUCAGCCUCACGCUAAGGGAGUGAUCGCGAAUUAGCGCCAUUCGCGAAUUAUGUAUAAAUAUUUCUCUGAAUAGACUCAAGUCGGCAAAACUUCGACACGUCCUCCCACAGCCCGAUACAAGGGUCGACAUUCGGCCCGGCACGAAACCCGACAUACAAUGUGGUCGUCUACUUCAUACAAUAGCCGUGGCAUUGGUAGUGUCGGUGGCAGCAGCGGUGACGGCGGAAAUGGCGGAAAUGGCGGACGCGAUGACGGCGGUCCACCAAAGAAGCUCACCAAAGUCUCUCGUGCCUGUGACCGCUGUCACAAAGACCACCAGCCCUGCAAGAAGUCCGAUCCGAGCAACCCCCGUUCGUCUUGCCUCCGCUGCAACGGCCGAAGAUUGCCCUGCUCCUACGACCGCCGUAGUCUGCGACGAGGCCCGACUAAUCGGAACAAUGUCCUCCUCGACCUCCUGCAGCAACAAAUGAACAACGUAAUGGGUGCACUAGCUCUUGCUCCCACUCCUACUCUCGCUCCAGCUCCCGCUCCAGCUGCGUUCCCGAGCAUAGCCCCUGCCUCCAGCAGUUCACAAGGCGCAGGCACCCUCCAGCUCCCGCAAACCCAGUCCCUGGUUGACUCUCGUCUCGCUUCGGAUUCCGCAUCUCGUCCUCCUCGACUCCCAAGCAUGUCGCUGUCCUCGGCCGCUGCUCCGAAUCCAGAGAUGGCACAUCACCCUCAAUACUCCGACCAUGGUCUCGUCACCGGCUCGCCAUUCGUCGCUCCUGUCCUUCCUCAGAGUUGGGCUACAGACCCUUUCACGACUCCGACUGCGACCACUGGCAUGGCUCCGAUUGCAACUCCCCUUCCAGCUGCCACUCCAAUGCCCUCCACGGUUCCAGCUUCAACUUCAUCCGUGACUCCAUCUGCAACGCUUGCUACGACGCUGUCAGCCAUAUCUCAACGAACACCCUCCCUUCAGCUCCCACCUCUCAACAUCUUCCGCGACAUGUACUACUACUCCAGACAGCCGCAGAUCUGGCAGCAUUACGAGCAGCAAGCACAACGCAUGUCUGCACAAGAGCUGGAUGAGAUUCUGCAGGCACUGGCAACACUGGUUCGAAAUGUCCAAAAUGUGCGUAAUGCAGGGUCUGGCAAUGCGGGUAGUGAUGGUGGAACCCGUGGCGCGGGACAAUGAAGGGGUGCUGGGGCAAUCAAAGGGUACUACUGUAAUAAGUAAUGAAGGGCGGGACAGUAAAUCACGGGCGGGGCAAUGAGCUGACGGGUAGAUGAAUCAAUGACCUCACGAUGUAUGAAGUAGAACAAGAAAUGAAGCAAGCAUAACGCGUCAAACAACUUCUGAAUAUUCCUCCUCCUGUGUGAAC